AUGUGUGGCCGCAGCAGAGACGCCCGUGACAGCGGGAACAAACACGCUCAGAGAUGCGAUCAUAGUGCCAAUGAAGGUGACGUGCUCAUAUUCGCUGCGGGUGGAGUGUAUGUAUUGGAAAGUGCGGUGCAAAUAGACAAGGCAUUGACAAUUCGAUCGGAGGAUGCUACCUCUCAGGGGAUAGUCGAGGCACUCACACCUGUUAUUUUCGCAAUAAACAAUGUCACUGAGUUCCAGAUGGAGGAUGUUUUUUUACGGGAUAGUGCGGGUGCAGAGUGUGGGUUGAAGGAGCCUAUCGCACUGACAGCCGAGUUCAGCUAUGAGCUCUUCCCUCCCGUCACAACAAAUACCGCUGGCACAAUGAAGAUGGGUAUUACAGACGGUGGUUUGAAUGUGGUAGGGUCCAUAGGUGAGCUGUUCAACACGCGAGUGUUAACAGAAAUAAUGUUCGACGAUUGCGACUAUGCGGGUGGGAAGAUUCUUGCACCUUUCAUAGAUAUUUUACCAAACUGUAGGGCUGAUCUUGGAUUUUCGGUUAAAAUGAAAGAUUUUGGUAGCUGUGGUGUUACUAUCACCGAGUGCCCCACGAUGAAUACAUAUGAAUCUGACUCGAAGAUCUGGUUCGAUGAGCUCGUUACCAUGGGAGACGAAGAAGCUCAACUGCGCGUGCCUGUAAACCGGGCUAGUACCGCUAUGAUCCACUUGAAAAUUGAGAUCGAUACAG